AUGUCUUCUCCAUCUGCUGUGGUGUGCCGUGAAAUAUUCGAUGAAAAUAGUCAACCGUCGGCCGAUGAAAUAUCAGAAUAUGCACAGCAGUUGGGUAUUGAUCCUGAGAGUGAGAGCCAUCUCUUGCCCUUGGCACGGGAGGGUCUUAUGCAAGCACUUCCACCACCAUGGAGGGCAUAUUUCGAUGAGAAACUUCAAACCCACUACUACUAUAAUGAGGAGACCAAGAAGACUCAAUGGGAGCAUCCCCUCGACAAUGUCUACAGAGAGCUGGUGAAGAGGGCACGGGAUGCGUCUAUACACGAUGACACUUGUGCCUCUGUGCAGGAACUUCCGACUUCCGAGGACCAUACAAAAAACCUAGAACGUGUUGAAACUAAAGUCGAAAGUGAUGACGAUGACUUAUCAACGGACAGUGAAAACCACCCUUCGGACGUCAAGGACGCAACAAACGCGUCACAACGACGCUUAACCCCUCUCGGUCGACCACCACUCCCAAUCUCAAGACUCGAUAAGAAACUGAGCGACUUACGAAUAUCGCCAUUAAGACGUAGUGUCGACAGUCCAAUUUCGCCUAAGCCGGUUCUUGUCAGAAAUACUUCUGACAGAGAUCUGUUGUGUCGACCAACUUUUGAAAGGCCAAAGAUGCUGUUUAAACAACAGUCAGAAAUAAUUGAUCUUAAGAUGCAUGUACUGAACAGUCCUGAAGAUGAACAUUUCAGUCCACUUCUGUCAUCUGCUAAGAUUGAUAAAGGAUUGCCAUUUUCAGGCAAAGGCAGCAUGUUUUUAAAGUUCUCGAAGUCGGAUUUACCAAGUCCAGACACGGAAAAGUCUCUACCGGCGGACUCUGUGACAAAGAGUGAUCCGCCCAAAGGGAUACUGCGAGAAAAAUCCGAUUCCCUCCAGAGAAAAAAUGAGAGUGCGAUCUUAGGAAGACCCAAGCAAACUGCAAGCUUUGAUGAAGAUAAGAAAAGCGUCAGAUUUAAAUUAGAAAAUGUACCAGAGCCAACAGUCAGUCCAGGAUCAAAUAGCUCCUCCGAUCAGAAUGAAGGUCAAAGCUCAAUUAUAAGUGCACCACCUUCUCUUCCAUCAUCUCUUGCUCCGUUAUCACCUAUUGUGCCAUCAUCACCGGUGGUUCCUUUAUCACCAAUCUCAUCACCCGUGCCUUCAAUGAUGAAUACUGUACAUUUGUCUCCAUUGGUGGCUCGGCCACCUUUACCUCCGAGGCCACAAUCGUCAGAAAGUGCAAGGGACAAUAAGAAUGUCUCUGGAUCUGAGAAAGAUACUUUAGAUGGCGAAACUCGAGAGAAAUCACCAAGGAGGCGACUCUUGAGACCGCCUGCAUCCGACUAUAUAAAACCAGAUCUGUUUCAAAAGAAUUUUCAGAAGAUUUCCGAUCUGGUUCGACGGGGCGAAGUAGAUUCUACUCCAGCAAGUUUAGAGGAAUCGGUCUCAGAUAAAGAAAGUAGACCAAGGUCUCCAAUGGUACCUCAGAAGAACAAAAUUUCAAUAAACCUAAUGGAGAGCAUUGAAUCGGAAACUUCAAUCGAUUCUCCAGAUAAAGAGUUUGCGAAUAUCGAUUUAAACGAUCUCGAUGAAUCAAACGAAAGUCAUAACGUUCAAAACGAGGCACAAAUUAAAAAUAAUCUUGAAGCGAAAAACAAUGAUCAAGAAGUAAGCUCUAAAGAAAAGGAAGAAACCUCUGAAACGCAAUCCAAAGCGUCAGAGCCCAUUCAGAAUAGGCCACAAUGUCUUGCAAACAUUCCCAUACCACAAAUAAAAGUUCCUAAAUUAGACUUUCUGUCAAAACAACAGAAAUUCACACAUUCCGAUUCAGAAGAUUCUAGAAAAUCGUCUAAUAGAGAAGAAGACAUUAAAAUUACUCCGAGAUCGAAUAGCAUAGAUAUACCUAAAGAUGAUAAAAAUCAAAUAAAGCUGUCUCCAACACCCAGUUUAGGUUCUGAUAGGUCACCUAGGUUAGAUUUCGGUAAGACAUGGUCUAGUCCCUUUUCGACAUUCAAGCCACUAAAUAAAGCGGCGAUUUCGCCCCAAAUGAAAUCAUCAGAUUCGUCGACAAGUUUAGGUAAAGGCGUAACUAGUCCAAGACUAGAUGGUGUUAUAAUAUCACAGAGUAAAUCAAGUUCCGAUAACGUAGUCGUGGUUUACCAGUUUGAAACUCAAGAGGACAAUUUAUCAAAGCCAAUUAAGUCCCCUCUUAUACCUGAUAUGGGCACGAGGGAUUUUAUGGAGAGAAAUAAAAAUGAUGAACGUCGAAGAUUAGAGUUGUCUUUGCAGAAAGAGUUAGAGUUAAUAAGAAUGGAAUGGUCCGCUAAAGAGAAGAAAAUGAAAGCGGAGUUGCAAGAAGAGUUAAGGGAAGCGGAGGAAAAGUUUUUGACUGAGAAGAGAGUAAGACUUAAUGAACAGGCCGAGAGGCAUAAAAAAGAUAUGGAAGACGCACUGUCAACAGCGGAACGUAAUCACGAGCAAAUGUUGCAAAAUGCUCUGAUGGAAAUUAAAAAGCGAUAUCAGAGUGAUGUCGAAGCUGCAGAGAAACAGCACGCCGACAACAUGGCGCGGUUAAGGGAAGAUUAUCGUGCUAAAUUGGCAGAGGAACGAGAGCAGUUGGAAAUAGAAAACGAACGAGCCUUGACGGAACUCCGGGAACAGUUACAAAUGAGCCUAAACGCAGAGAGAACGCGUAUGAUAGAAGAGAACAAAGCUACAAUAGAGGCUUUACGGGAAGAACACACCAACAGGGUUACGGACUUAAGGCAUGACUACAGAGCUGAGGUGGAACACCUACGGCGACAACACGCCUGCCACGUAGAAGAGCUACGCGCUCGUCUGGCCGGCGAACGGGCGGCCGCCGCUAGGGGCUCCACACACGAGCGCGCGCUCGCGGACAAGUACCGCUGCCUCAAGGAGAAGUACGCGCGCCUCAAGCACGACGUCAAGGAGAAGUACGCGCGCCUCAAGCACGACGACAAGGUGACACGACACGCUCGCACACACUCACUGCUCGGUGCACACACGAGCGCUGCGCUCGCGGACAAGUACCGCUGCCUCAAGGAGAAGUACGCGCGCCUCAAGCACGACGUCAAGGUGACACGACACUCUCGCACACACUCACUGCUCGGUGCACACACGAGCGCGCGCUCGCGGACAAGUACCGCUGCCUCAAGGAGAACGCGCGCUCGCGGAGAAGUGCCGCUGCCUCAAGGAGAAGUACGCGCGCCUCAAGCACGACGUCAAGGUGACACGACACGCUCGCACACACUCACUGCUCGGUGCACACACGAGCGCGCGCUCGCGGACAAGUACCGCUGCCUCAAGGAGAAGUACGCGCGCCUCAAGCACGACGUCAAGAUGUCAAUAGAGCGACGCAAUAAGAGGCGCGAAAUGAGCAUGACCACUGGUUCGGAAACUGAAAAAUCCAAUUCGCACAAAGCUACACAAUCUCUUGAAAAAUGCAAAGAAGUGAACGAGACAUCGGUGAGCGUGGUGAUUGAAACCGAGCCGUUGCGUGUUAAACCCAACAAUAACCCAACAAUCAAGUACAACGACAUUGAGACGUCCAUUUCGGAAAGCAACGCUCACAAAUCUGAGAACAACAACGAUGAAUGGAAGGCGAAGAGUAGUACGUUUCCAUCCGAUUCGUCGCAGGCGUCCGCUAUGAAAUUGCAGCGGCCGCAUCGUCGCACCGCCGUUGCCUUUAAAGAACCGCCGCGACGAAGGAGCGAGAGGGACAGAGAUACUGGUGCAACAACCGAUUACCAAGAUUCUUCAGACGCCACAACCGCUGACGAGAAACCUAAGGAAGCAGUGAAUGGUCACGGGCGACGGAGGUGUUUCACAAGACUAAAGUCUGCUUCCACGUCUAGACUGAAUUACUCUCCCAAACGUGGCGAGGGCUGGUCCAGUCCACUGGAGUCCCUUCGCCAACAGCUCCGGAAGCUGGACGACUUAGAGGAUCAGUUCCCGGACUUGGCUUGCCAGCCGGCGUAUAGUUUGCGGUAUCCUUUUACUGAAUUAGGUGCAGUAGAAACGGCGAACACACCAGAGUUGGAAUUCGUUCGCCAUCGUGCCCUCGUAGAGCGGGAAGGCAUGAAACGAGCUCGCGCAGUGCUCAAGCGAAGACGAGCCGCUUUGAGGGAGUCCAGAGCUUCACUGUCGCCGCAUAGGGCCCCGUCUGAAGCAACAACAAGCGAAGCGUCGUCGGGAAGCGAAGUGGCCGAGGAAACGAAAACAAGCGGAGCCGUGCUUCGCUCGCUUCGCGCUUUGCACGCAGAUGUGAGGGACAUUUGGCGCGCUUUAGAUGCACGCAGGCCUUAUACUGCCUCACCUGAAACCAGUUCCUGCAAUGUGCCUACAACUUCACAGAAUAGAAUGACACUAUCUGCUCCCGACCCAAUGAUAAAUGAUAACUCUGAUGCUGUAGCCGAAAGGGCGAAAGGACUACGUGCUUGGUUGCAGACAGCGCCUUGA